CUCCUGACGGCUCUCCGUUCUGAGAACAGCUCACAUCUUCUGCCGGAUGGGAGGCAGGGCCACCGAGGGGCUAAUCCCUGCUCACACCGAGGGCCACUCCAUCACUCAGGACCCAGGCCACCUCUUACUGAAUCUCGUGUUCUUCCAACUUGGGAGGCUUACAGGACUACGCCAGCAUUGUUCGCCACCUAAACUGGCUCCACCAGUGAAUCCCCAGGGGCUGGCCCCGAGCCCAGACAGGGUAACUGCCCAGUAGUCGGCUGAUUGCCUGAAUGGUGGAAGGAAGGAAGAAAUUUGCAUUUACGGAGCCUCAGGAGGGGAAGUGACUUGCCCAGACCACACAGGCUCUGAGGGCACAACUGAAGCAGAAGUCAGAAGUCGGGCUGAGCGCCCUGCCCUCUGCGGGUGGUGGAGCUUGUGGGGUCUGGAGACAGCUCUGCUCUGAAGGGUCCCAGAGCCUGCUGCGGCCUCGGCCCCGUCCUUCAGGGAGCAGAGCCGGGCGCUGGGGGCUGUUCCCUCCGGAGAGGCCCCUGGAGAGGAACCCGACACGAGGCACAGGGAGCUGUCCUUGUCAGCACGCCCCGUGUCCGUCUGUCUGGCCUCGGGGACAUGGGGGGCAGCGCCUCGACCACGACCCUCGCUGCCCUUCUCUGCCUUGGGCUGUGUCGGGGCCCCCGGGACCGCGUGCAGGUGGGGACCCUCCCCAAGCCCUCCAUCUGGGCUGACCCAGGCUCCGUGGUCACCAAUGGCAGCCCUGUGACCAUCCACUGUCAGGGGCCUCAGGAGGCUGUCACGUACAGUCUGUAUAAAGAGUACCCCGGACGCUGGACCCCGAUAGUCCAGGAUGAGUUCAGGGACGAGGCCAGUUUCCCCGUCGGGCCCAUGAGCUCACACCGCGCAGGACGGUACCAGUGUGCGUUUCACAGCAGGAGUGGCUCAGAGUGGAGUGACCCCCUGGCCCUGGUGGUGACAGGAGUGUACGACCCACCCGCCCUCUUGGCUGACCCAAGCCCUGUGGUGGCGUCAGGAGGGACGGUGUCCCUCAGGUGUAGGUCACGGUUCACAGGGGACACUUUCCACCUGCUGAAGGAGGGAGGAGCUGACGGGCCCCAACACGUGGCUGCGCAGCCCUCUGCUGGGGGGUGGCAGGCCCGCUGCGUGGACCCCAUCACCACCUCCCAUGGCGGGACCUACCGAUGCUACAGCUCUCCCAUGGCUUACCCCUACGUGUGGUCACUCCCCAGCGGCCCUCUGACCCUGGAGGUCACAGGCGUGUACAAGGAGCCCUCCCUCUCAGCCCGGCCUGGUGCGCUGGUGCCGUCUGGACACAGCCUGACCCUGCAGUGUCGCUCGGAGGCCGGCUUUGACAGAUUCACCCUGACCAAGGAGGGGCUCCCGACCCCCCAGCCUCUGGGUGGGCAGCCCAGCCCCGACUUCCCCCUGGGCCAAGCAAAUGGCACCCACGGGGGCCGGUACAGAUGCUACGGGGCACACAAUGUGUCCCAUGCGUGGUCGGCCCCCAGCGCUCCCCUGGACGUCCUGGUCACGGGAAUGUCCGAGAAACCCUCCCUCUCGGUCCAGCCGGGGCCCUCUGUGUCCUGGGGAGAGACAGUAACCCUGCAGUGCCUCUCUGAGCUCUGGGGGGACUCCUUCCAUCUGUCCAAGGAGGGGUCACCUGCUCCUCCCCAGCACCUUCGAGGGAGAGACACAGCUGCACCCUUCCGGGCCAGCUUCACCUUGAGCCCUGUCACCUCAGACCAGGAGGGGACCUACAGGUGCUACAGCUCAAACAGCAGCUCCCCCUUCCUGCUGUCACACCCCAGUGACCCCCUGGAGCUCCGGGUCUCAGCCUCAGGCCCGAAGUGGCCGGUGCUGGUCCUCGCCGGGGUCUCCGCGGCCUGCGCCCUCCUGCUGGCCGUCCUGCUGCUGCUCCUGCUCCGCCGCCAGCGGCUGCGCAGGCGCAGGAAGCCGGAUGAGUGGGGACGGGGGAGCCGGGGCGCAGGGGGGGCUCCCGGGGCCCAGCCGGGGUCGGGGUGUGUGGGGGGGACCAGGGCAGGGAAAGGAGCCUCAACGAUAGUACCGAAGGACAGAGGCCCGCAGAGGUGA